CGGCCCGGGCCUCCCCCCGCGCCGCCGCCCGUCGGGGCCGCGCCGCGCGCGGGCGAUGGCCGCGGAGCUGGCGAUGGGCGCCGAGCUGCCCAGCAGCCCGCUGGCCAUCGAGUACGUGAACGACUUCGACUUGAUGAAGUUCGAGGUGAAGAAGGAGCCCCCCGAGGCCGAGCGCUUCUGCCAUCGCCUGCCGCCCGGCUCGCUGUCGUCGACGCCGCUCAGCACGCCCUGCUCGUCCGUACCCUCAUCGCCCAGCUGCUGCGCGCCCAGCCCGGGCGCGGGGGGCGGCGCGGGCGCAGGGGGCGGCGCGGGGCCGCCGGGCGGCGCGGCCGGGGCCGUCGGGGGCGCGGCGGGGAAGGCGGCGCUGGAGGAGCUGUACUGGAUGGGCGGCUACCCGCACCCGCUGCACCCCGAGGCGCUGCACCUGACGCCCGAGGACGCGGUGGAGGCGCUCAUCGGCCCCGGGCACCCCGCGGGGCCCCACGGCGCGCACCACCCGGCGGCCGCCGCGGCCUACGAGGCCUUCCGGGGCCCGGGCUUCGCGGGCGGCGGCGGCGCGGACGAGGCGGGCGCCGGCCCCCAGCACGGCGGCCACGGCCACGGCCACCACCACCACCACCACCAGCACCAACACCACCCCGCGCACGGCGGCCACCACGUGCGCCUGGAGGAGCGCUUCUCCGACGACCAGCUGGUGUCCAUGUCGGUGCGCGAGCUGAACCGGCAGCUGCGCGGCUUCAGCAAGGAGGAGGUGAUCCGGCUGAAGCAGAAGCGCCGCACGCUCAAGAACCGCGGCUACGCGCAGUCGUGCCGCUUCAAGCGGGUGCAGCAGCGGCACAUCCUGGAGAGCGAGAAGUGCCAGCUCCAGGGCCAGGUGGAGCAGCUGAAGCUGGAGCUGGGGCGCCUGGCCAAGGAGCGGGACCUGUACAAGGAGAAAUACGAGAAGCUGGCGGGCGCGGCCGCCUUCCCGCGGGAGUCCUCGCCGCCGCGGGCCGGGCCCGGCGGGGCCAAGGGCGCGCCCGACUUCUUCCUGUGAGGCCACC